AUGGACCGCUUUAGAGCUGCCUCAAGACGGUCUUCCUCGACUAGCGCUACUUCUUCGCCUGCCCUCCCUGAGCUCAGCAUAGACGCGUCGCUACAGCGUCUACAUCUUCAAGAGGAGAAUUCGGCAUCUUCGAUUUCUUCCGCUCCUCUUUCUCGAGAUUGGCUGCACGAUCAUCAAGAGAGCGAAGCAAAAUGCAACCAGUCUGUGCCCGACCACCUCUCACCAUCGCAUGCGCACGCAGCAACAGUGGCGCGCAGCUUCUCCUUCCGUUUUCCUCCUCUCGAGCCAAACCGUCGACUGGCAACACAGCCAGCGACGAGCAUCCUUGAUGACGAGGCAGCACGAUCUCAAGGCCAAGGGACCCCCGCUCGCCCUCGAACUAGUCGAGGAUUGACUCAUCCCAAACCAUUCCUCUCUUCAUCACGAGCGACAUCCAUCGAAUCCAUCGCCGAAGUCGACGACAAGUCACUGCAAUCACAGCUCAACACGCGCAUGCGUUUUGGCACGCCUUUCGCCAACGAUACGUUCACAUGGAGACCUCAGACUGCAUCCUCAAGCCCGAGGCAAACGCUGAGCGCUUUGGUGGACAACUUGACCCAAUCUCGGUCCUUCAUGUCACCGAAGCAACAAGACGUUCCGAUGCAAACGAGCUAUCACCAAGUCCAGACAGCUUGUCUCCGCGCACCGCUGAUCUCUGACUCCCAAGUUGCUUCUUCGUCGUGGACACUUCUCUUUGCUCCAAUCGAGUCGACACAAUCUUCGUCAGUUAUAGGAAGUCAGUUCCCUCCGGAGAGCUCCAUCAUUCUGCCUUUACUAUCCUCCUUCGACGCUCAGAUCGAGCAACUUCGGAGCGACCUUGCUCAAAACCAGCGCAACUCUGGCAAGGAUACCGCUUUCCAACUCUUCCUAGAUCUUAGUUCCUUUUCUGCCCUGCCCUCGUGCACCUUGGCUCGACUCACUCCACAGAGCUGGCCAAUCCUCUUCCAUAGAUUUCGUCACAAUGACGCAGCUAUCGAACAUCAGGCUUUGCCGUACUGGUUCCGAGAGACUGGACUUCCGAUCGUGGCGUUGGUACGCUAUUGUUCGAUUCCUACGACUGUCAACAUUGAUCCGUCUGACGUUUUCCUAUCUCAAGCUCACGCACCAGCGAAGCCGUGCGAGUCGCAGACGCGCGAAGUAGCCAAACCGGCCAAUACCACGCAUGACUGCAAUCCAUGGACAAGAGCGAAAGCUAGAGUUACACCGAUGCUUCCAACUUGCAGCAGGCUAAGCCCAUCGCCGAGGAUGACAGCCAGUCGAAGUUACCCAGGUGUCACUCGAGAGAGCUUGAGAAAAAGUCCAAUGUCAUACUCGCCCAACCGGAAUGCCUUUCAGAGCGCCUCUGUCCGGCAUCGAGACCAAAUGCCACAGAAUAUACAUGCUUCACCCAUGAAAUACUCGCACUCACAGAACUUGGACGCUUCGAAGCUCCGAUCCCUGUCUCUGGCGGCCACUCAUCCAUUAGCGCCUUCUGAAAACGCAGAAUUGCCCAUGGCAGAGUUCACUCAAGAUCCAAAUGAGCCACGCAAACCAUCGACGUCGCUCUACCAGGAACAGACGGCAGACGACGAGUGCAGCGAUACAUACUCUUCCGAUCUGGAAUCGACGCGGCGAUACCAGGAAGUUUUGCAAGGUUUUAGCCACAAAAGCCAUCGCUCAACUAGUACAGUAUCUACUCGCUCCACAAGGCCAACGAGUGUGCACAGUAGUCGCGCUCACUUCAAUGGAUCUUCGGAACAACAGCAAACGGACAACGAUGACGAUGAUUCGGACCUGGGCCCUCGGUUUUGGACCCAAUUCUCCAACCUUGGCCAGCAGGUUUUGCGCGAAAACACACAAGUCCAAGAUACGAGGCGUCGCGGCGGCCGAAGCGUUUCGCUGUCUUCAACAGCUUCGGCAACCUCGGUGUUUGAUUUCAGUCCCUUAGGAAUCUUGGUGCCCACCGACGGUGUUGUUGACGCAGAUGCUCAACAGAUCGACAAAGAGGUGACGACACCGCUCGAAUCACAUCGUGUGGCCUCAAUCUCGGACUCCUCUGCUGGAAAUGCACGAGACAAAAGUCUUUUUAAAAGACGACGAAGGGCAUACAGCUCCAUGGUUCCUCUCACUGGCUGGAGAGCUGGCGAUAGCGACCUUCGCUUUGUCGAAGCUCAGCAAUCCGUCACAUUCGGCCAACUGCCGCAGGUGUUGCUGGCUGAAGCGCGCGAGGGCGUCGACCACGGUGCUCACGCUUUCGAUCACGGCGAUGUGAUCACACCGACCGUGGCGACGUUUCAGGGUCGAGCUCGAGCGCUGUCCGUUCAGCCUCCUCCGAGGCGAUCGAUCAGCGGAAUGGCGGCUUUCAGCACGAUGCCUCAGAGCACUGAAACCGACGUUCAGAAGCAACAAAUUUGGAACGAGGCGAUGCUUCACCUUUCCGAACGCAUGAACGCUGAAAGAGAGCAGAGGCCAGUGACCUACACGUCUUCAUUGGGCGCAGGUGCCUCUUGGGAUUCGAACGCUUUGUCAGUCGAGAGUCGCGAUGCAAUGGUCAGUGAAGCGCGGAGCAGCAUGAUGUCGACCAGGGUUCCAAAGCCCGUCAUUGCAGAUGAUGGAUCAUCGUCUCUUCCCGGACUCUUUUACGAUGACUGGGUGCAACAGGUCGAUGGAGCUGUGGACGGCGAACUUGGGCGACGAGGAUCCGCUAUCGAGUCUCCUGACACACGUGACAGAAGCAGGUCUGACGCUGAAGACGGCAUGGCAGGCCUGGGCACACACCCACCCACUUCCAUGCUGUCUUCCAGCUCCACGACGACGGUUGGCUCGGUGGACAAUGAGUGUCGGCUGCAGAUUCCACUCGAGCCUGAUUGUCUGCUUCCCCAGCCACGCUCAGAAAUUCUUGGGCGCGACACUGGUUCCUUGCCAGUUUCCUCUGCUAGCUUACUGUCAAUGGAGACGUCUGUAAUUUCUGACGAAGCCGUUCAAGAGUCUAGCAAUUGUGGCUCUUCUCCAGGGGCCACUGGGAACCAAGGCUUCAAUGUGUCACCAUCCGACGAGGACGUGUCUCACAAAGCUCCUGCCGCUCUGGAGCAUGUGUGGCUGACACGGUCGCAAAGCGUAGGUGUAGCCUAUAGUUGCGAUCUGCCAUCCGAUGGCACUGUUCAGCCGCCAGCAUCUGCAUCGCUCUCGCCAGCGACCAAUCCGAUCUCCGAAUGGGCAGACCUGGCGCAGCGUCUUGAGUCGCCUGGUUCGAUGCGGCUUUUGUGUCUUGCAGCCUCUCGGUGGUCUCCAGACGAGCCUGAUGGCUCGCGCCAGCAUGUACCUCACAGUGCGGUAAGCGACAGCACGAUACUUGCAUCUGGUCUGACUAUACCCUCUAGCUCUACCUCAGAUUCUCUCGUUCGAUCUCGAUCUUUCGGAGGUGGACGAACGGCGCUUGACUUAGUGUCAGAAGGUGCACGGGGAACGGCGGGCUUGACGGUCAAGCUUGUCUCACAACCGAAAAUCGUCUUUCGACAGCUCCAAACAAAUCGGGAACGGGCGAAAACCGUAUUUCUCGGACCCAUCAGAAGUGAUCAUAGCCACGAGGCAAGUGCGAAUGCCGUCAAGCUGGUCAGUGCCAGGGCGAAAAGAUCGCUCAGCAACAUUUUUGACAUGCCGUCUCCAAUUACGCCACAUCAGCGACUAGAAUGA